GUGUGUAGGCUUGGGUUGUAUGAUAUUUGAGUCUGACAUAAGAUGGCGAAGGAUGAGUGUUUGUUCACUUAUAUAACCCAAAGACAGUAUACUGGCAAUGGUUCUUCUCUUUCAGCUAUUCCUUUUCCAGCUCUUCGGCACCGUUUUAACCAAGCUAAAAAUCUCUACAGAAAAGAUCUCUUUGCUCAUUAUGGUUGUGUAAAUGCAAUUGAAUUCUCUCACGAUGGUGAAUGGCUAGCGUCUGGUGGAGAUGAUAAAAGAGUUCUACUCUGGAAUGUAGAAAAAGUAAUGGCAGGUGAAAGUAAGCCGCAAAGUAUGAAUGCGGAACAUACCAGUAACAUAUUUUGUCUGGGGUUUGACUCUAAGCACUCCAAACUUUUUUCUGCAGGAAAUGAUGAACAAGUCAUUGUGCAUGACCCUAACACUGGUGAAACAGUGAAAAUGUUUUUACAUGAAGAUGCUGUUUAUGGAAUUUCAAUAGAUCCAACAAAUGACUGUGUUUUUGCAAGUGCCUGUGAUGAUGGGCGUGUUCUGGUGUGGGACAUAAGAGAGGGAUCUACUUCAGGUAAUCCUUUCGUGCUUGCUAACUAUACGUCGGCUUUUCAUGCUGUUAUGUACAACCCAGUAGAGCCAAGGUUACUGGCUACUGCUAAUUCUAAAGAAGGGAUUGGCUUGUGGGAUAUCAGAAAACCUCGAACUGUCCUGUUACGAUAUGGAGGAUCCUUGUCUGCACAGAGUGCUAUGAGUGUUCGAUUCAAUUGUUCAGGGACUCGGUUAGUGGCUCUGCGACGACGUCUUCCCCCUGUUAUCUGUAAUUUGCACUCUUCCUACCCAGUUGCUGAAUUUGACCAUCCAGGCUACUACAAUUCUUGUACAAUGAAAAGCUGCUGCUUUGGAGGUGAUAAUGAUCAGUAUGUUCUUUCAGGAUCUGAUGAUUUCAGGCUUUAUGUGUGGAAGAUACCUGAUGAUAUAGAACAUAAAAAGAGUGUUUGGGUUAAUAAAGCUCACCUGGUACUUCGUGGUCAUCGAUCUAUAGUGAAUCAAGUACGAUAUAAUACACUGAGAUCUCUGAUAGUUUCAUCUGGAGUGGAGAAGAUAAUUAAGUUAUGGAGUAUGUUUUCACUUCCGGACUGGUUAGGAAGUUUGGAAAACUAUGGAGAAAUAUCACCUCGCAGAGUCUAUUCACAUGAGGAAUAUAUUGACCUGAUUCUGGAGAGUGGACAGUUCAUGACACAUGACUACAGUCACCAGUCUGUGAAGGAGGAUCCACGCAUGAUGGCUUUCUUUGAUUCAUUGGUUCAGCGAGACAUUAAAGGAUACACCUCCGAUUCUAGUGACCAGACCACAAAUACUGAGCUCUUGGCUGCCUGUUUUGAACUUCAGUCAGAUUCAUCAAACUCUAAAAGUUCUAUUUUGUUGUCGUCUUCCUUGUCCUCAUCUUCAGAUGAGGAAACUCAAAAGGAUGAAGGUAGUUAUCACACAGAUGGAAGUCUCAGUCCUCAAACUAAAUUCUACCUCAGUACAUUGGCUAGUAGAGCAGAAAGUACUUUAACAAACUUGAAUGAUGAAAAUGAAGUGUGGAAUGAUGUUAACUCUGAUAAUUCCGAAAAUCCCAUUUCUCAACUGAUAGCUCACAAACGACAUGAUCAUUUUCUACGGACUGCUAGAGCCUCCUUAAGAAAAACAAAAAAACGCCUUAGAAACAUCAGUAAAAGUACAAAGUGUUCAGGCACUCAACCUAAAGACUCCAUCACAGGUAAAACAUCAAAGACUGAACAAGGCCAUGCUAGAGCCCGUAAAGUUCUUGAUUCAGUGCUGCAGGAUGUUCAAAAAGUAUUAGAUAAAAAAGAUAAGAGAAAGAAGCUUAGGAAGAGAAGAGCAAGAAUUCUUCAGGAUUUGUCAGAUAGUGAUUCCAGUUCAGAUUCUAAUAAAGAGAGUCACCCAAUCAUUGCCAACUUAUCUGGUAGAGAAUCUUGUUGCAACAAGCAUACUGACAACAGUUCUUUCAGCAAUGCUUUAGCAGAUGUAUCCAGUAACCAUUUAUCAAAUACAAUGUAUUCAGUUGAAGGAAAUAGUGUUUUGAAUAAUGUUAAUUCUGCCUUAAAACUGCCUACAUCAACGUUAGACCCUUCACCACUCCAUUGUCAUGAAAAUGAUUUACCAUUAUCACAUGUUGAGACUCAACAGAGCACUUCUAAACAUUGUACAGGACUUUCUUUACAAAACACUAACUCAUUGCUUAACUUAUCUGAAGAUAUUAUACAAUCAUCUGAAGAACAUCCUGUUUGUUUAAAUGAUCACACAAAUAACAAGCUAGAAAAUAAAGAACAUCAUCAGGAUUUCUCUGGCAGUGUAAAUGGUGUAAACAAAUAUGAACAUAAUAGAAUAUCUACCGAAGAACCAAGUCAUAAAUAUCCUUGUUGUGUAAAUGGUGUAAAUAUCCAGGAAGCUUCUAAUUCCAGUCAACAACAUUUGGUAAGUUUUAAAAGGUAUGAACAGAGUAUUCAUUCAACCAGAAAAUAUCGUAAAAGAUGCAGUCAAGAAGAUGAUAAUGCAGAAGAGAAUGACUUGUAAAAAAUGAUUAACUUUAAUACAGAAAUAAAUGUACAAUAGUUAUUUUACCUUUAUGUAUUUGAUGUUAAUUUUUGCAAAGUACAGUGUUGUUUCCUUAAAAUCUGUAUUGUAAUUGGUUUUCUUGUACUGUAUAUAGCUUUCAAGGUAUAUUGCUUUGCGUUUUAGGCUAUUUCAUGUUACAGUGCAUUUUGAAAGUUCAUUAUUGUGAUUACUCCAACACAUAACAUAAUCAGGUUUUUGUUCUGUUGUAUUUGAUGGGCUUCUAAAAAAAAAAGAUUCAAACAUUUUCAAAUUAUUUUUUUCAUACAACGGUGGAUAUUGAUAUUAUGAAUUUUGUAUGCUUUAUUUCUAAAUAAGAGAAAAAGUUAACUACAAGUUUAAACUGAAAAGAUAGACGAUAAUGAUAUCAUUUUAAGAUGAUAACUCUUGAGUUUUAAUAAUAGGUCCUCAAAUGGAUAAAACAUUGAUAUACAAUUUUCAUAAAAGGAGAUAGAAAUGUGUAUUUGGGAAGCUUGGUAUGUUGCUCAGAGUUGAACAUGUAUUUGGGAUUGUUAAUCAUGCAGGUAUGAUUUACUUUGUGGUGUUCUUUAACGUGUGGAAAUACAGUUCAGAGGAGUGUUCACCACCAAUGAUGUUUCCUGUGAAGGUCCUUGUUAUGAAAUAUUGCUGUGCAUUGUAACUUCCACUGCAGGAUUCCGUUUUUUUUUUUGGUAUGCUGAGGUCAAUUGUUUUUAUUGCUCUUGAAUGUCCAUCAAUUAUGUAUGGAUGACAACUUGUGAAGGCUUAUUUGAACAACCCAGAAUGCAUUGGCAGAUAUCUGCAAAUAAUUUAAUAGUAAUUUUGUUUUUUGUAUAGGAACUGGCAUAUUGUCUUGUGCAUAUGACUGGAUAAUUUGUUUUAUAGACAUCUAGUUCACACAAUAAUGGCAUUUCUUUGCUAUGUACAUAGUUUUGGCACAUUAGCUUGGUGGUAUGCAUUUUUCUAGACUCUGUAUUCCAUUUUUGUAUCAACAGCAGAAUAAUAAAUUGCCUGAGUUUUUACAUGUGUAUAAGUAGAUUUAUGUUUUGGCCAGUAAAACAUAUUUCUAUUCAGUUGGAGAACACUGCUAUUUGUUCCAAUGAAUUACCUACUUCAGCUGGUCUUAGAUUACUUCUGGUAAAUGCCGUUUUUUCUCCUCUUCUUGUAGUCAUUAAGUAGUCUGUUCUUUCCUUUCUAGAAUCCUGCUCUUCUUGUUUUCUGAUGUGGUUUAUUGUUACAAAUAGCACUUUCUUUAAGACACUAAACUUUAAUACUUUGUGCUCUUAUAAUAGAGGAAUAUGAGACAUUGAAAAUGUUUGUAACACAAUCCUCCUAGAAUAGGUCACUUUUAGGUGCCAUCCAUGCUUUAAGUCACAGUACUUCAACUGAAUUAUAGCAAGAGGAUCAGGGGUUUUAACCUGUGUAGUAAAAAACCAUAAGGACAACAAGGAUAAAGGUGUUUUUACCAUAGAUCAUGAAAUACCCUCUGUAUAUGCAUUUCUCCACAUUUGCCUAAGUAAAGUAUGGUAAGAUACUAAUGUAGUUACUUA